CGAAUCCGUCCCCUAGUAUGUCCGUAUGUCCGUAGAAUGACUCUUAAUCUUCCCCCAUUUGGACUGAAAGACACUUCGUUGGCCACUGAUUGCCCAGCUCGCGAGGAGGACCCUUACUUCACGCAAUUCCUCGUUAGAGGAACAAAAGCCCCCACGGCUAGUGGCCCACGGAGUGCCAGCGGAGCGGCUUACACACCCCGUAGGGUAGGUAGUACUCCCUUCCCUGGCGGGACUGUAAGACGCUCCGCUGGCCCCUGCUCGGGGAGAGCCACUGCGUGGAGCCUAGCUCCUCUACGAGGAGAUCUAUGUAAGUGGCUUGCAUGCACUCUAAAAUGAGCCAAGUCAAGUACACCAGUUCUGGUGGUUUUUUUCUAUAGUAUGGUCACCCGUUGGAUACCAUAUCUGAGUCAUUCAAUAUGCUCCAAUGGAUGUCAUACACCUCUUGAUACUUUACUUGGGGUUGCUAUUUAUUUUUAGACAUGCGGCUGUUGCGAAAAAUGUGACUAAUGGAUUUAAGAAACCAUUAGAUUGUGGCAAAUUUAAAUCCUCCCGGAAUUCCCUUUGAUGAUCUAAUCCGGAUAUCCGGGGGAUAUAAUUUGUAUGAGGAAAGUUGGAGGUAGUUAAACUACAGAGCUUGUUGUAAAGGUGUGUGAGAUAGGGGAUUUGUAUAGUAUUACAAUUACUCUAACUCUGCUCUUUUAAUGUCUCCAAAUACAAUUAACAUCGUCACGGAACAUACAUACCUUUUUACCUGCCGUACUUUACUUUGUGAUUCUUUUGCUGCCAUAAACCUUCACUUCACAUUUCUAUACUAAUUGUGACACCCUAUCAAAGUUCCCACCACGUGACUGGUGUUUUCGGAAUUGGUCACUCAAUUUGCAUGAACUAAUUUUUCCCACUGGAAAGAUAAAAAGUCUAUUUUUAUUCUACUUGAUAAAGCUUAACAAUGAAGUUGUUUCUUUUUUGUUUAUUGUGGGUCUUAUCGCCGGUAAGAUGUCUGUUUGCAGACAUCGUAUGGGGCGAGUUGGAGCGAAAUGGUGGGUUCAAAUUCAGAGCCUUAGAUCCAACAUUCCAGAAUUAUUUACCCGUUCAAAGUGAAGAAGAAAAACGCGUAGUAUGUAAGUUUGUUUCAUAUGAUGAAACAUUGAACCAACCUGCUUUUUUCAAGGUAUCACUUGGAUUUCUGAAAUUUCCCCAAGAUUGCAACAUUCGUUUCAGUAUAGUUCCAUAUGCAAGCAGUGGAGAUUACGCUCUUACUCCUGACUUGUAUCAUGAUAAUAUAAUAUUGUCCAACGAUCUUAAUUCCUUGAACCCAGUGUUUAAUCUUCCAAUAGAAAAGUCUGGAAGUUAUUGUUUUAAUUCGGCAGUUAAUACGGAAUUUGUCAACCUUUUGCACGCGCCAACGAUUGAGAUCCAAAAUUCUCACGGUAGAUUGCCGUACCACUUAUACCAUCAGCAUUGGUAUUACCUUUAUUAUGUGGGAAUCUCGAUAAUCUUUGUAGCUAGUUUAUGUCUGACGUUUUCUGUAAAUUUCAGAGAAAGGUACGGGUUAACUUCAACUCAAGUUUCAAUUGUAUAUUAUACGAUUGUUCCUAAAAUCAUCUUAUUUUCCGUGAUUUAUAUCUGGUCAGCCAAUUUGAAUAAUUCUGAUUCAACUACUUUGGCAGACCUCAAACUUUAUAUCCUGGUAAUUCCCAUAUUUGAAGAUUGGUAUAGAUUCUGGUUGAAAAUCUUUGGGAUAAUAUUUGCCCUUGGAACUUCAAAGCCUUCUCGUAUUUCCAAAAAAGUAAAGUGUUUAGUCUUUAUCUCCAUUGUUAGUACUAUGGGCUAUUCUUUCCUGGUUAGAAUUUUGGAUAUGCGGAUGAAUCUAUUAUUAUACACAAUGGCGAGUAUGUUGAUGUAUACCAUUAUGUUGUGCAAUCUUCCGAUACUUAUUUUAUUUUGGACAAUUCUUUUUUAUAAAUUUUUCACUAGAAAGAUAUCAUUCCUUCAAGUUAUAAAACUAAUAGGAUUUGUCUAUUGUAUGGGCCGUUUUAAUCUACAAAUGCCAAUAAUAAAAGAGAAAGAAAUUGAUGGAGAAGUAUAUUCCUUAUUAUUCCAGAAUGAACUCACUCAACAGUACCUACGUGAAACUAGAUCGAAUUUACUUUUAGUUUGCAUGAUUGACUAUUCCUUGGUUUUGUUCUUCAUCGUUGUUGACAGUUAUUGGCCCUUUUUCGGAACCCGUACUCAAUCAAAAGAUGGUCUGAAAGAAGCUACUGGACAAUACUUUUGGGGGAAGGCGUUUUAUUAUUUUAAGAGAUGUUUGAAUUUGGUUGCAAAAAUUGAGAGAUUUUUUAGAUGAAAGAUUAAGUACGUACUAGAAGUAGAUAUAUGUAUAUAGUUAUAAUAUGAUUGAUAAAUAUUAA